AUGCUGAUGCCCGUGAUGCUCGAUGCUGUUUGGCCUGUAGAUCGACUUCGGCGCGAGGGACGCUGGUUGGACAAUUGCAAUGCCGCCCGGCGCUACGACUCCACCACGAUCUGGGAGGGGAAGCAACACCAACAAAGCAUAACCAUAAACGCACAGGGCAACUCGCGGACAGCAAACUUUGCCGUCAUCCGAUCAGCCGAAGAGAAUCCUCCUAAGGGCGUGGGCCAGUCUCGAGCCGGGGCCUUGUCCAUCUCUGACCAAAAGGUCUCAGGGCGAGACGCCGGCGGCAACACUGGGCUUGCAGGUUCCCAGUUGCUGGAUUGGGCCGUUUCGGUUCGUCUGAUCGAUUCCCUGAGUCGACUGCACCAGGACGACCCUCCAGGGUACACUAUCGCUGCAUGA